AUGGGCAGCUUUGAGAUACCCGAGAAGCAUACCGCGCUGCUCCAAGGCGAGGGUGGCUCCCUGGUCAUCGCCCGCGACGUCCCGCUCCCUACGCUUGGCCCCGGCCAUCUCCUCGUCAAGACCGCUGCCGUCGCGUUGAAUCCCUGCGACUUCAAGACUCCUGCCGCGUUUCCAAACCCCGGGUAUUACAACGGAUGCGACUUUGCUGGUACCGUCGUGGCCCUCGGAUCCGACAACAUCCGGGACGGCGGGCCAUGGAAGAUUGGAGACCGUAUUUUUGGGGCCAUCCACGGGGCUAACCCGUCGGAUUGGGACUCCGGAUCGCACGCCGAGUACGUCAAGGCCGUCAGCGUGUUCUCCUACCGCAUACCCGACUGGAUGACGUUCGAGGAGGCGGCAGGACUGAGCCCUUGCUGCAUCGCCACCAUGGGCGUGUCGCUUUUCAAGGCCCUCGAGCUCCCGGGAACAUUCGAAGAGCCCGCGACCAAGCCGUUGGACGUACUGAUAUACGGCGGGAGUUCGUCCGUCGGGAGUUUGGGCAUUCAGAUGGUUAAACUAACGGGGCAUAGACUUGGCCACCGCUGCAUCACAACUUGCUCCCCGAAAAACUUUGAUCUCGUGAAGUCUUAUGGCGCAGACGAGGUGUUCGACUACAAGUCACCGACGUGCGCCCAAGACAUCAGGAAGGCGACACGUAACUGUCUUAAGUACGCGGUGGAUCCCUUUGGCGAGGUGAAGACCAUGGCCAUCUGCACCGAGGCCAUCGGGCGUGCUGGCGGUCGCUACAGCGCCCUCGAGAAGUUCCAGGAGGACGUGUGCGACCGGAAGACGGUGAAACGGGAGCUCACCAUGGGCGCCAUCAUCAUCGGCCACGGGCUCGACCUCGGUGGCAGAUACACGCGGCCGCACAGUCCCGAAAUGAGGGCCUGGGGUAUCGAGUGGUACAAGAGCAUUCAACGCUUGGUCGACGCGAGAAAAUUCAAGCCCCACCCCAUCCGCGUGUUGAAGGGCGGCUUCGAAGAUAUGCUAGAGGGUUUGGCCAUGCUGAAGCGGAGGGAGAUUUCGGCUGAGAAGCUGGUUGUCAGUCUAGAUCCGGCUGUUUCAGGCCUGACCGCUGACUCAACCGCGAGAUGA